UCGCUUGAACCAUUUACAAAUCUCAGUCCUCGACAGGCGUGAACUGAAAACUUACUAGUUCCAACACGUGUGCAUUCUCCCGGAUCUCAUUAAUGGGAUUAGUUGGUUUGAGGGCAGCUGGACACUGAGCUGGUGUCUGGAGGCCGGAUGGACAACAUGUCUCCUCAGUAUCAACAGGACAGACUGAGCCGGGCCGCAGAAAACAGCGACAACAGACGGCGGAUGAAGUCCCAAAGUGUUCGACGCAAGUCCGCCCCCGCUUUGGUCAUCAGCAAGGCUCUGGCCAGGUCCAAGACGCUUUCCAGAGAGAAUCUCUCAGUUCCCGUGUUCCAAGAAACAUGCUCUUUGGUCCAGUCCUUCCUGAAAGUGCCCAACAGGUCGUUUCUCCUGCACGGGCAUACUCAGCUGAAGACCGGCAUGCAGACUCAGGACAGAAACCUCUUCCUCUUCACAGACAUCCUGGUGAUCGCCAAAGCCAAGUCAGCCAACCAGUUCAAACAGAAGGCGCAGGUGUGUGUGAGCGAGAUGUGGACAGCGAGUUGCAUGGAGGAGGUGUGUGAGGGAAGCACCUGCCCCGACAGGAGCUUCGUCUUGGGCUGGCCCACCUGCAACUCUGUUGCCACGUUCAGCUCGGCGGAACAGAAAGACCACUGGCUGGCUCUCCUCAAAAGACGCAUUAAAGAGGAAAAAGAGAAGGAAGAACCUAAAACCAUCCCUCUCAGGGUGUAUGGGAAGGGACUCAACACUUACGCUGUGACCAAGACUUUGCCCGUCAGCAACUCGGAUUCCACCACUGAAGUGAUCCGACUGGCCCUGCAGCAGUUUAGCAUCAUUGGCAACGUGAAGGACUACCAGCUUUGGAUCCUCUCCAAGAGGGACAACACACCUUAUCCUCUCAUUGGUCACGAGUUCCCCUUCAGCAUCCACAUGAGUCACGCCCGACAAGCGUCGUCACAGAGCGCCACCUCGCCCGAAGACCGAGAGAGGUUGAUACUGGCGGAACAGCUGCAGGUGCGCAAGCGCUGCCAGUUCAUCCUGAAGCCCCGCCCCCCUGAGGAACCGCUUCAACAGCAGGUGGUGGCAGCAGAUUUCCCCCAGAAGCCACUGAAAAGGAGGCGAUCCUUAAUCACUUGGGCCUUCCUGCGAGGUUCCUCCCCUCAGCUGGAGACGUCCACGGGGACCACGGCACAGGGCUGCUUGUUCGGUCGGCCCCUCAGGGCCGUGUGCGUAGAGGACGCUUUGCCAAAGCCCGUCAUGGACAUGCUGAUCUUUCUGUAUCACGAGGGCCCGUGGACGCGGGGCAUCUUCCGGCGGCCCGCAGGCGCUCGCACCGUCCGGGAGCUGAGGAACUCAUUGGAUGCUGGACAGUUUCUUCUUCCCCUGACACGGGACCACAUCUUCAUCAUCGCCGGAGUCUUCAAAGACUUCCUGCGCAACAUCCCUGGCAGCCUGCUGUGCUGUGAUCUGCAUGGAGAGUGGAUGGACGUGUUGGAGGAAGAAGAGGCGGAGCAAGAGCGAGUGCAGGAGAUACAAAGAAUGAUGGGUCGGCUGCCCAAAGGCAACACUCUGCUGCUGCGCCACCUGCUGGCCGUGCUGCAGCGUAUCCACGGUAAUGCCCAAGAGAACCAGAUGACCAGUUUUAACUUGGCGGUGUGCAUCGCUCCCAGCAUGCUUUGGCCCCCUGGAGCGCUGUGCAGCCCGGAGGCGGAGAACGAAGGAACCAGGAAGGUGUGUGACUUGGUGAAGUUCAUGAUAGACCAGUGCCAGCAGAUCAUAGGAGAGGAACCGUCCUCACUCUUUGGAGCCUUUCCACAAACACUCACUGCUGAGGAGGAGACAGGACUUGACAAGUGGACGUAUCCUCUGACCGACUCGUCCUACGACAGUCUGGAGAACGAGUUGGACACCAGCAGCGGCGGCUCACCCAGUUUUUGCGGCCGACAUCUGAGAUCCAAACCGGGGAGUCUGGACUCAGUCCUCACAUGCAGCGACUAUGACCAGGACACGGACGCCGACACGCAGAAAAGCACCUGGCAGCUGCUGAGGAGAAGCCGGGGGCGGAGGCUGCACCGUCCUGGCCAGGACACGCCUACCGCCGACCCCGCCUCUACCCCGGACUCCCUCUCCCCACACAGCGUGCACAGGCAGCGGCGACGCUCGGAACCGGCGCUGGCGUACGCGGCCAAGAUCCGGUUGGGCUUUUCAGGGACCGCGGACGACCUCGCGGGCGAGGACAAAGGCGAGCGCCCCUCAAAGCCAGAGGCGGGGCUUCUGCAGCGGUGCAGGAGGUCAAUGGAAGCAAGCUCCUCCAGCCUGUCCUCCAACCCCAACUCUCCUGCGCCGGCACAGAGCUUCCUGUUAGGCAGACGACACGCGACCAAGACGUGUCCUCCCUCCGCCUCCUGCGUCCCCGCAGCGACAUGCGGCAGAGACGGUCAGUGGGGGACCUUGAAAGGUCUUCAUCCCAACUCUUGGCUGAGGAAAGACCGCCGAUUGUCUUUAAAUCAGCAGGAAAGUUUGGAGAAGAACUCUCACACCACUGAUGAAUAUUAGUAUCAUUCACUAUUGCUUUCUAAUUAGUACAUUAAAUAUGCACUUAUUUGUCAUUAAUGCUUUUGAGGCCUGAUAUUGAACAUCAAAGCAACACGAAUGCCCCCUAGUGGGCAUUUCUAUGUACUGCACCUUAGCAAGCACAUUGUUUACUAUUCAACUCAAUUAUUUUAGAGGCCACAUUCAAGAGUUACUUCUCCCCUCAGUUAUUUUUAUUUUGUAUAGUUCUAAGAACCAGCGUCCUCUGCAGUGGACAGGGGCGGCAUGGCAUAGUGGGUAGAGCGGCCGUGCUCCCCGCCUCUUGACAUCUAAAUGGCUGUCGUUGUGUCCUUGGGCAGGACACUUCACCCUUGCCCCCAGUGCCGCUCACACUGGUGAAUGAAUGAUAGGUGGUGGUCGGAGGGGCGAACUGGCAGCCACGCUUCCGUCAGGCUACCCCAAGGCAGCUGUGAAAGUAGCUUACCACCACCAGGUGUGAAUGAAUGAUGGCUUCUCACUUCUCUGUGAAGCGCUUUGAGUGUCUAGAAAAGUGCUAUAAAAAUCUAAUCCAUUAUUAUUAUUAUUGUUAUUUGAUUCGUCUUUAUUUUGUCAUGAAAUUCGGGGAAAGAAAUAGUCAAUCAAUACAACAGCUUGUCAAAGAUCAUCUAUAUCGUGUUUCUUGACAAACAAAAAUACCUGCUUCUCUUCUGUGGGCUGCAGCAGUUGUAAUACACGUUUCCACCACCAGUAGCAGUAAUGACAAUAUCAAACUGACGAAGUCUGGAGCUUAAGUCAUAGAGAAGUUUUUAAAGAGCAAAAACUAUAAAGUGGUGAAGCUGUAUUUUCAUUUGCACUUUAAUUUUAUUGACAGUCUAAGAAACUAUUAUUUAUUGGUAAUUUACUUCAAAUGUUUAUUUUAGCACUGUGUAAUUUUGUUUUUUAAUUAGUUUUUAUGAAUCCUUUCUUUUGCAGUAUAUUGGAUUAGUAUUUAUUUUUGUAAUCAGCCUGACCUAAGUCUUGAUAAUAAUCUUUGUGAUGAACACAAGGUUUCCUAUCACUUGACAAGGUUGUAAGAGGUCAAGAAGGUUAAGAAGCCCUGAGCUCCAUGAGUGAUUUUAGGUCUUUUCCAUGUUUUUUUAAACUGAACUCGCCAGUUGAAUAUUCUUGGUUUAUUCUCUGCAUUACAUUCUUGCUUCUUUUACUGUAUUAGAAGUUUGUUCUUAAAAUGAAUAAAGCUUGUAUUAAGAGAGUAUUUGCAGUUAAAGAC